UUCUACUUUCUUGCCCCAAAAAUUCCCCAUCUCUUUUCAUCAAACUUAUUGUGUAUUUAUGUAACAGUUUUAUUUUCUGCUGUAUUAUCUCUUCAUACUUAUUUUGAUAUGUUUUACUUGAGUUGAGGGUCUAUUAGAAAAAGUCUCUCUACCAUCACAAGAUAGGGGUAAAGCUGCGUGCACCACCCUCUUCAGACCCUACUUGUGGAGUUCACUGAGUAUGUUGUUGUUGUUGUUAUGUAAGGGUUUUAUUUUCUACUGUAUUAUCUUUUCAUAUUUGUUUUGAUAUGCUUCACUUGAGUCGAGGGUUCAUAAACAACCUCUCUACCCUCACAAGUUAGUAGACAUGGACUGCGUAAAAGACAGUAAUUUUGUUGAUGAAUUUUUCGUUGACGACCUUUUUGACGUCUCCAAUGGCUUCGUUGAAGACGAAAUAGAGCAAUUAGACGAAUACCCAAAUGGAUUUAACAGUGAAAAACGUUGCUCUGUUUCACACCAGAAGCAAUUGGAGAAAAUUGAAGCUAAAAUUGAAGAUUUUGGUUCUUUUCCUAACAAUGAACUCAGUAUUCCGGAAAAUGGCUUGGAUGACCUCGAAUGGCUGUCUCACUUUCUUGAAGAAGAGUCAUUUGUUGAGAACACACUAACAUACCCAACCGGAAAUUUACUAGAAAAGCAAUUGGAGAACCGGUCAGACACAGGAAAGCCGGUUCAAUACAAGUCAUGUUUCACUAGCCCGGUUCAAACAAGGGCCAGAACAAAGCGUACAAGAACCGGCGGUGGAGUUUGGUCACUUGGUUCAGUUUCAUUAACCGGUUCUUCAACUUCCUCUUCAUUUUCCUCCACUACUACAACGACGUCGUUGUGUCUAAGUCAAACAGCUGAGUCGACAGUAUGGAGACAACAACGACGUCAUUGUGGGGUCCAACCAAGGCGUUGCACCCAUUGUGGGGUCCAGAAGACCCCACAAUGGCGUGCUGGUCCAAUGGGCGCGAAAACGCUUUGUAAUGCAUGUGGUGUCCGGUUUAAAUCCGGUCGACUCUUGCCCGAGUAUAGACCGGCUUGUAGCCCGACUUUUUCAAACGACUUACAUUCCAAUAAUCAUCGGAAAGUUUUGGAAAUGCGGCAGAGAAAAGAGGCGGAAACCGGUUUGGCUCAGCUGGUUCAGAGUUUUUAAAGUAGAAAUUUUAGAGGGAAAAAUAUGAACCGGAUUUUUGCCGGUUUAUUGUACAUUAAUUCCUAGAAUCUGAUGUGGGAUGUUGCAGUAGUUGUUUCAUAGGCUAAAGUGUAACGGAUGAGGAGAGUUUUUAAUGUACUUUCUCAUUUCUACCCAAAUGAAAAAAAAUAUAUACUCUGGUAGCCUAGGUAAUGUUAAGAUUAUACUAGUGGAGAAUAUUUUGUGUAUUUUUGGUUCAUAUCUUAGCAAAUUUUGAAAGGGUUCAGUUUAAUCACAGAUUUCGUUUUUUUUAGAUUAAA